AAAAUUGAGUCAAUAUGAAAACCAAAGUUUUACUGGUGAUUCUGAUUGUUAGAUUGGCUUUAACUACUGAUGGUCAGAGUUUAGCCCCUGCAAAUUGUCCUCGGCCAGAUGUUGUAAAAGACUUCGAACUGAGCAAAUACUUAGGAAAAUGGUACGAAAUCCAAAGAACACUUGCUCUGUUUGAAAGAGAUCUACAAUGCGUGACUGCCGAGUACGGGAUCCUGAAAAACGAGACAAUUUCCGUCAGAAACGCCGGCAUCAACAGCAAUGGAGAAAAGAAAGGUAUCGAGGGAGAAGCCACUGUGCAAAACAUUUCCGAGCCAGCCAAGUUGAAAGUGCGAUUCGAAACAGCGCCUUUUCCUGCAAAUUACUGGAUUCUAGACACAGACUACGAUAAUUUCGCCGUCGUUUGGUCUUGUUUCAACCUGGGACCUUUUGGACUUUUACAUACAGAAAACCUGUGGAUUCUUGGACGAGAGAAAGUUCUGGACGAAGAUCUGUUAAAAACUAUUUAUAGUAAACUUGACAAACUUGGUAUCGAAUGGGAUCAUCUACGGAACACAACUCAAAUUGGCUGCGACAUCUCAGGAAACAAUAAAUAAAGCCUUUGUACAUAUAUAACUGGCUCAAGCCGUCCGUUUCGAAAUACAUAUAAUUAUGAGCAAUUAUGUGUGUAUUAUGACUUAGGCCCAACUGUCGAACUCGGGUUUUAUCA